AUGUCUGAUCCUACCAAUCCACCUGUCAUUCCAGGUGAAGAUGAUAGACUUCCGUAUGAAAAGAUAGAAAUUACAGAAGACCGUGUUACAAGAAUAAGAGAAUGGCUUAUACAAAAACGAGAUUAUAGAGGGAAAGCUGAAACUUUUGACAUGAUCCUGGAUGAUUUUUGGGGUUUGAUUAACGGACGUAAAUUUCAACAAGAAACUGAUACUCACACUCUCGACCUUGUUAAAGAAAUAUGGGAAUUGUAUAAAAUUAAAGAUCCUAUGCCUAACAACUUACCUGAUUCAAUAGAAAGAUUGAAGGUCCACGCUCAACAAACAAUUCCCUUUCCUCUUACAGAAGAAAAUAGAUCUCUGAAUAUUGAAUGGAUCAAGAAAGUGCUUAAUAAAAAACAACUAUUUGAUAAAUGGAAAAAACAAAUUAAUAAAAAUAUCAAUGAUGAUAAUGUGAAAAAUCUCACAACGGAUUAUUUAGAUUUAAUCUAUAAAGAUUUUUACAUUAAAAAUAAACAUAACAAAAAAAUAUUAUUAGACGAAGAAAAGGCUUACCAUUC